GGCACAUUAUCGAUAGACAAACCAGAACUCAACCGGCAAACAAAAUGUUCACUUCUUUGCUCUUCUGCAGUUGUUUGGUCGCCUUUUUGUCCACCGGCUCGGUCAGCACCGCCAACAGCCAGGUGGACCCCACGACUUAUGCAAAUCUAUUGGCGCUAUUACUUACCGGAAACACGGAAUUGGCAUCACCUGCUCAGAGACCGUAUCAGCGAAGGCUUCCACAGCAAGCAGCAGCAGCCCCGUCUUAUUACGGUAACCCAAUCGUCGACUAUCAGCCGUACUAUCCAAUGUAUCCCAACUAUCCCAUGCAGCAACCAAUAGGCCCCAACAUGUACGACCUGGGAAUGGCUCAAUACGCGGAUGAAUCAGAGUUUGUUCAGCACUAUCGGUCUGGACCAGAUGCUCGUUUGAUGGGACUAAAGGCGACUGCACUCAAUGCUUUGGUUGGUUCUUUGGCAACCACUUUGAGAGGACCACCAGGCCCUCCAGGCCCACCAGGCCCACCAGGUCCAGCAGGUCUACCUGGACCUCCUGGACCUUAAGAAACGAACGUGUUAUUUAAAUAUGUUAUUGGCGCCAAAAAAGGAUUUUGAAUGUUGAAUGCAUCUGAUAGCGGGUUACGUAAUUUAUGUUGUUGGGUACAAAGGGAAUCGGUGAAACUGGCUUGGAACUUACUUGUUGCAUUGAUGGUGGAUUCUGUUUUCGAAAUAUACAUGUUGAUUUUAUA